AUGUCUCCGUCGGUGAAUGGGCGUGUGCGUCAAGGGGCGCAGGACAUAGACGCCAAAUACGCCAACCGCAUCCCCGCCUUCAAGCACACUCGCCGGCAGUGGCCCGAUGCGGUCUUGAAGAAGAGUCCGGUCCUGUUUUCGACGGAUUUGCGUGAUGGAAAUCAGGCGUUGCGCAAUCCCCUGACACUGGAGCAGAAAUUGCGCAUGUUCCAACAUCUCGUUUCGAUCGGAUUCAAGGAAAUCGAAGUAGCCUUGCCUUUUGCAAAUCAGGCUGAGUUCGACUUUGUGCGAUACCUCGUCAACACGCCGGGCGUGAUUCCGGACGACGUGUUGAUCCAAGUGAUCACUCCGGCUCGCAGGGAGGCCAUUCAGCGCACCGUGGACAGUGUGCAAGGCGCCAAGCAGGCCAUCCUUUUCCUCUAUAUGCCCAGCAGCGACAACUACCGGGAAACGAUGCUAGACUUGUCGGAAGACGAGUGGGUGGCCAGGGCAAGGGAGAUGACGACGUUCGCGCGCUCCAUUACCAAGGACAACGCACGCAGUAGUACGCACUGGACUUUCAGUUUCGGCUUCGAAGACUAUGCCAACGCGCGCCUGGACGCCGUCGUGCGGUGCGCUGAGGCCGUGUACGCGGCGUGGCAGCCAACGCUGCAGGCGCCGAUGAUGUUCGCCAUCGCAUCAAGCGUCGAGUCGUCCAUGGUCAAUGUCUUUGCUGACCAGGUCGAAAUGUUCUGCCAGAACGUGCCCAAGCGCGAUACCUGGCGUCUCAGCAUCCAUACGCACAACGACCGAGGCGGCGCGGUGGCGGCGGCAGAGCUGGGCAGCCUCGCGGGCGCCGAUCGUGUCGAAGGCUGCAUGUUCGGCAACGGUGAGCGCGCUGGCAAUAUGGACCUCGUCACCUAUGGGCUCAAUCGACUGACGUCGGGCCUGCAUCCGGGCAUCGACUUCACUCGCUUGCCUGAGUCGCGGCGCCUGUUCGAAAAUAUCAGCCCUGACUGGUCUGUUCACCUACGCACCCCUUAUUCCGGAGCCUAUUGCCUCAAGGCCUUCAGCGGCAUACACCAGGACGCCAUCAUCAAGGGACUCGCCCGUCGCGCAGCCGCAGAGCAAGCCGGCGUGGAAACCGAGUGUUGGCCGCGCUGGCGCGUUCCCUACCUUCCCUUUGAUCCGAGUGAAGUCGGCAUGAAUCUCGACCAUAUCUUCGAAAUCAACAACCAGAGCGGGAAAGCCGGCGUCAGAUGGGUCGUGCAGGAGUGUACCGGCCAUCAUCUCUCGCUACAGCAUGCUGAAGAGUUAACGAAAAUCAUCAAACAAACAUCGAUCAACCUACAACGCGGACUGUCCAACGACGAAGUCUGCCAUUCAUGGGACUAUUAG